GAGAGAGCGAGGACAGGCCGGAGCGGAGCAGCUCAGUGGAGCGUCGCUGCAGGAGCGGAGCGCUAUAAUCAACUUAACUUAGUGCAGCGCAGACUUCAGUUUGCCGGUGAUACCUGAAAAGAACCAUGCGAGCUCUGCUGGGUGUGUUGGUGUGUUCUUUGACUGUCCUCUCUGUCCAUGGGAUGUACUCUGCCAGUGAUGAUGUGAUUGAGCUCAAUCCUUCGAACUUCAACAGGGAGGUCCUGCAGAGUGACAGUCUGUGGCUGGUGGAGUUUUACGCCCCCUGGUGUGGACACUGCCAGAACUUGGCCCCAGAUUGGAAGAAAGCAGCCACAGCAUUGAAGGGAAUUGUUAAAGUUGGUGCUGUUGAUGCAGAUCAGCACAAGUCACUGGGAGGCCAGUAUGGGGUUCGUGGAUUCCCAACCAUCAAGAUCUUUGGGGCCAACAAACAUAAGCCUGAGGAAUACCAAGGUGGACGCAGCAGUCAGGCUAUCGUAGAUGCAGCUCUGAGUGCUCUGCGUUCUCUAGUCAAAGACAGACUAAGUGGAAAGACUGGAGGUUCAGACUACAGUAGACAGAGUUCUGGUGGCAGCAGUGGUGGUAAUAAGAAAGACGUUUUCGAGCUGACUGAUGAUAACUUUGACCAGACGGUUUUGGACAGUGAUGAUGUUUGGAUGGUAGAGUUUUUUGCACCAUGGUGUGGACAUUGCAAGAAUCUGGAACCUGAAUGGACAGCCGCUGCUACUCAGGUCAAAGAACAAACCAAUGGCAGAGUGAAGCUGGGAGCUGUAGAUGCUACUGUUCAGCAGGGCCUGGCAAGCCGCUAUGGGAUCAGAGGAUUCCCUACCAUUAAGAUUUUCCGUAAAGGAGAGGAGCCAGAAGACUACCAGGGUGGACGCACUCGCUCAGACCUUGUUGCCCGUGCCAUGGACCUUUACUCAGACAACGCCCCUCCUCCAGAACUGCUGGAGAUUCUGAAUGAGGACAUCUUGAAGAAAACUUGUGAGGACCAUCAGCUUUGUGUGAUUGCUGUGUUGCCUCAUAUUCUUGACACAGGUGCAGCAGGUAGAAAUGGUUAUCUGGAAGUGAUGAUGAAGAUGGCUGAGAAAUACAAGAAAAAGAUGUGGGGCUGGCUGUGGACUGAAGCUGGAGCUCAGAUGGAGCUGGAGUCCUCUCUGGGGAUAGGUGGUUUUGGCUACCCUGCCAUGGCAGCUAUUAAUGCUCGCAAGAUGAAGUUUGCUCUUCUGAAGGGCUCAUUCAGUGAGACAGGAAUCCAUGAGUUCCUAAGGGAUCUCUCUGUGGGACGUGGCUCGACUUCCACAGUAGGAGGUGGAGCUCUGCCAAAGAUCCAUGCUGUUGAAGCCUGGGAUGGGAAGGAUGGAGUUCUUCCUGUGGAGGAUGACAUUGACCUGAGCGAUGUGGAUCUGGAUGAUCUGGAGAAGGAUGAAUUAUGAGUUGGUUGGCUGGGAGGGCUGGUCUAGUUUGGUGUCAAGACCGCACAGACUCAGCCCAUAACCCAUCUCUCCUCUCCUGUGGAUGAGGGGAAAUCUAGGACAUUAAGUUACUGUACACUCUUGAAACGAAGUCGUGUUGCUUUUAACUUCUCUCCACUAGUUUGAAAUGAGGGGAUCAGGGAUUAAAUCAUGGUUGAACUCAACUUUGUCUCACACACCUCCUUUACAUUUGAUUGGCUGGCUGAUUUGAUCUCCCAGUGAGGAUGAUAAGCAGGUUUAUGUAAUGUCACUUUUCUCUGUCCAGUUGUCCUCUCUCCAAAACACACAGCUGCAAAAUGAGGUUCAUGCUUUUUCAGUUCUGAUAAAAUCUCACCCAGAAUACUUUCCUAAGCUGCAUCUUUCCAGUGACAUCCAUUUCUCUGCCAACACUGAAUAAAAUAGCACAUUUGACAGAAUGAGUUAGCUGACACAUGGACUUUCUCUGUCUUUAGGGAGUGUUCUUAAGAACAGGAAGCACUAGUUUACUGAAUGUAAGUUUAUAUCCUAACUUACUGCCAUGUAUGGGUAAUAUCUUUAGAGCUGAAUUUUGUAGAUAGCCCUGUUCAUUUUCAUUCUCCCCAUCAAUGUGACAUACUUGUUUUUUCUCAAAUAUUUCUGAGAAGGAAGUCAAUGCGUCAGUACCCCCGAUUUCCACUGUGUUUGUGCUGGACAGGGAACAACGUGGGAAUUGUGUAGAUUUUUCUUACACAACUUUGUUUUGAUGUUUUUUGUUAUGAAAAUAAAAAAAGAACACAAA